UUUAUUAUUGUGAUAGCUGUGAUCAGGAAGAUGUUUACAUCGUCAGCAAUGAUGACAAAGUCAGAUAAAGAAAAAGCAUGGCUAGGUAUCCGGAGUGUAUGUGUUCUAGUGCCCAUCAUGGGUCUAACCUGGGUUUUCGGUGUGUUCUCUGUGAAUGAAAACAUGGUCGCCUUCCAGUAUAUAUUUGCAAUAUGUAAUUCACUUCAGGGAUUGCUGAUAUUUAUAUUCCAUUGUGUAUUAAAUAAACAAUUAAAAGAUGGUCUCAAGCAGCGAAGCAAGAGGAAGAAGAGUCUCGCGACAUUCGAACAAUCAUACAACAAACAGUCCAACCAACACUCCACUGGGGAGCCAACAGGUUUCACCGGUAUAGGGGAUAGUAAAUCCACGUCAAACUCAAAUGAGUUGGAAAAAGCAACAACUAAUCCAUUCCUGGAAGCUGACCGUCAGAUGAAAGAACUGACGAAGACAAAGAAGGGUGGAACUGCAAACCUGUGUGACAAUAACGUGAUCACCAACAACAAGCUUGACAAGGGCGCCCCAGGGGCUCGGGCAGUCGACCUUGACGAUGUUAAGAUUUCCAACAUCCUGCGUGAGUCCGAAGUGAUGAGUGGCACUGCUGGUAUAUCAUCCAUACUUCCGAAGCCCGAGAGACGCCAGCCUGAGCAGACGGGCUCAAGGACACCUGAGGAACAAAGAAAAUUCGUUAAAUGGUUUCUGGAAGAGAACGCAGCUAGAAAGUCACAGGCAAGCCACAAUUAUGACCACAUCCGUCAAUCUCAAGCUUCGAGUCACAGAUAUGAAUCGAUAGAUCUAGGCAAGGAUAAGAACGUACUGCAGACACCAGGAUCUGGCGAAUAUCUUAUCUUACAACCUUCGAGUCAACUGUCAGCCUCGUCCCGGGAAAGUGGUAGUAAUGCGAGUAAGGAGAAAAAAGGUGAACAGGUACGUGAAAAGGAAAGGGAAAAAGAACGCCAACAGAAGAUUGAAAAGGUGAGAAAAGAAGAGGAGAAGCAAAGGAAAGAUUUUGAAAAACGCGAAAAAGAGAGAAGAGAAAAAGAACGUAAAGAAAGGGAACGUUAUGAACGAGAGCAUAAGGAGCGUGAACGUCAAGAACGUAACAAACAGCGGUAUGUUACACAUAUUGGUUCCGGACGGGAGGAUCCAAACAGUGCCACAAACAAACCUCAUCCUAGCCUUAGUAGGUCUAGCAGAUCAGACGAUGAUUAUGAGGGUCAGAGUGGUUCAGGGCAAAACAUAUCUUCUAUAGCAACAGCGCUUCCACAGAAAUAUGACCAACAUCAAGGAAAGAAUAAGAAGGGUAGCACAUCAAGCUCAAAGAAGACAGACAGUCUACCGAAGAAGGAGAAGGGUGGAAAGAAGCCCAAGGGCGGUCAACUCCGGGACCAUUCACGUGCGUACGAGUACUCAUAUGACACCACAUACCUUGGCGGCUCAUCCCGUCAUGCCUCGCUGGAAAACAUGAACAUGCAACAUCAAUAUGGGUACAGCCAAUAUGGUCAUAUGCCUGGUAUGAGCGGGUACCAGACAGGGCGCCCCACACACCAGCAACAGCACUGGGACCAGUAUCACUACCCACAGGAUCAAUAUGGCCGCUCCCAGUACUGGUGAAGCCUGUCCUAGCUUGACCAACAACGCUCACACAGAUGUAGGGUACUUAGAUGGUAGGCGACGGAGCAUGCAGGUGUCUGAAAUUUGUUGUAUUUAUGAAUAUCGUAAAGUUGAGUAUAUUAAAGUGGAAACUAUUUUGUUUUGGAAUAAAGAAAAAUGACCUCUAAUGGUAGCUUACGUCAGAGCGUCGAUGCAGGUGAACAUGCUUGGUUGAGAAAGGUAAUGAAAUGCAUGUUUUGCAUGUGGAAUUCCAGUUCUAAGAGAUAGACAGAUGAUCAGAUUUAUCCAUAAAGUGCUUGUAUUGUUGUUAAUGGAACAUUUUUUAUCAAUGUAAGCCAUACAAUUGCCAUCUAUAUAUCAAUUAAUAGUUUUGAAAAAAUAAUAUUUUAGUAUAAUGAGGGUAAAAUAUUUUGAUAAUAAAGUAAAAUUUCGAAAAUAUAAGGGUAUGAUAUUGUCAUUUAAAGCGCAUAUAUUGUUCUUACAUGAUGUUGUUAUGGUACCUUACACAUAUACUUUAUUAUUUUCACUUCCCUGUAGCCUACUUCAUGUUUGUUUUGUCAACAGUACAUGUAUUCCAUAAAACUGAAGUAUUUCAUUAUUUUCUGUUAUUUUUCAUGUACAUUUAAUUAUAUCCAAUUUUUUAGCAAAUUAAAUUAUCGUGACAAAAUGUGACCAUAGACAUGCAAUAUGUUUUUGUUACUUUUAUACUUUGUUUUUUAUGCAUUUACAAUGCUGAUUUUAUACAAUUAUGUUUGGAAACUGUACUGGUUUGUUCCCGUGUAUUCGUAGUGCCUUGAUAUUAUUAAUGUCUCGA